CACGUCAGAAGUCCGCCAGUUUGUCUGAAGUGAAAGCAGACUGCCGGCCCAUCCUCAAGUUUCACUACACGCUUGGACAUUACACCCACAGACACACAGAGAUGAGCUCUGUCUUUGGACUGAAAAAACUGAAUUUCAUGCACUGCAUUUGAGAAACUUGGGAUUCUUUCUCCAUAUGAGGAAGAAAAUCUUGAAAGCACCUUGUCUCCUCCUGAGUCUGGUAACAAGUUUGAAUCUUUGCUCUGGAAAAUUUGGGUCACCAAUAACUGAUGAUGUGAACAAGCUGCCAGUAUUGAAGCAGAAUAUCCCCUAUGAUUAUGAGAUUCCUGUUAGUUACAUUCCCAAAGAAGUGGCUGGCACCUGCUGGGUGGUGUUAAAUAUCUAUCCACUGGAGCAAAGUCUUCGGAAGCUGGCCAGCACGUUUGGCACCAUCUCCACCAACAAAGACAACGUACUCCUCUUCAUUGCAAUGCUCAAGAGUUUACGCUUCACCUUAGACCACGAGAGGCUGGAAAUGGCGAUGCAGAGCUUCCAGUGUCACUAUCAGGAACAUGGCUUACUGACUGGUCCUUACUUUGACUACAUCAGAGACUUUUUACACACUGCUGCUCAAGGACCAACUGACUUCUCCUGUGAGCCACCACCAUGCCUUAGUACUGAACAAACACCAGGGGUUCAUGAAGGGAAUCGUGGGGAUGCUUGGUCGAGAAGAUCUCCCCUGCUUUUGGUUCUCAUCCCCUUCAUCACUUGUGUUGCUCUCAUAGUGUGGUUGGUCAAGUCUGGAAAGCGUUUACCAGUAUGCAACACUGAAAAUAGCCAAAUGGAACCUUCUGACACGAUCCCAACUGUGUCUAUCUCCAUCCCACUUCAAACACUCACCCACGCUGCUGACGCUCAGCCAGAGCGGGAAGCGAUUGCUGAACAUGAAAGUGGAUGAAGGACGUUUAAUAAAGAAGGAAAAACUUGGACAGCAGCAUACCAACUCACUCUCCAGUCAGCUGGAUAAAUGAGUGGUCUCCUCUGCUUUCACUCAUCUGAGUGCAGGGUCCACAGCUACUCUGCAAGAGCAAACCCAAGCUGUUGUGGAGGCAGGUGUACUACAAAAUUCCCCAUCGGCACUUCUUUGGUAGCUGAUUAUCUUUCAAAAUGGCUGGCAAAGCACAGAUUUUCCUGCCUUGGGUUCCGCUGGCCUAUUUUGUGACAACCAGAUUCAGUUUGUUUUUCCUCACACUCUGGACUAAUAUCUUUAAGGGGUUUGUGCUUCACUUUGAAGCUGCAAUCAAAAAAAAAGUAUCACUGGAGCUUAAAAUCAUGUAAUCAUCACACGUCAUCCACUUGUUGACUCUGUCUGGGCGGUUGCCAAGACCGCCCUUUCACUGCUUCGCAACAACCUGAUUUCUACAAGCAGAAAAAGACGUACAGUCACAUUAAUGCUAUCUUGAAAGGAAACAACUAAAAUGCUGUUGCUGCGUUUUAUCUCACGCAGCCUGUCCUGUACUUGUUGUUGACAUUAUUAUGAUCUGCGAUCUGUCGCAAAUUGCAAACCUGCUACUCACAAACAACACACUGAGCAGUUCAACAAGUGUCCCACUUUGUGUAUCAAAGAUCUGACCAGAUGGCAGAUAGCCAUCGCCAGAGGCACUUUGAAUCCAGUCAUUGUAUUUUCAAAGCCGUUGCCCAGUGAUCUAUAGCUGCUGCUAAGCCGCAGUGAGUGUGUUAGAGGUUUUAAUGCCUUAUUCACUGGGUCAAUCAUGUUCAGUCAUGAGAACAUGACUCCCCAAGUGUGAGCGCUCUUGUAGUGCAUGUGUCACAGACGAAGCGAGAGACAGUGCAGACAGGACGAGGGAAAGUGAGGGAGAUAGGGACUGAUAGAUGGAUGGACGGAUGAGCUCAGUGAGAAGCAUAAGGAGGGCUUGUUCUCGUCACAAAAGAACUGGCCGUAGGCUGGAGGAAAUGCCAGUUACAAACACGACUGAUGUGCACAGAUCCCUAUGAAUCAACAGGCUAAGAAUCCUUCUAGACCGCAGGCUAAGCACCCUACAGAGCCCGGUUAGUAUUCAAUAACAGUUGACUGUAUUUGAAUGAUUAACUUCCAAAACACACCCAUGAAAUAUGGAUAUAUCUUUGGUAAAAUGUCUUUCUGUCGUAGACUUUGUGUAAACAGUGUUGUCUUUAUAGUGAACCGUUUGUAAAGGUUUCAUAUUUGUAUUUUGUGAAAACAUGUUAUUUGUGUGUGAAGUAUUUAAGUUAUUUGGUUACGUGUUUCACUUACAAAAAUGUUUCCAGCUGUUUUAGUGAUGCAAAUGAUGAACACGCCCAAUUAUAUCGUGAAUGUACAGGAGCUAGACAAAAUACUGUGAACGCAGAAAGGAAAGCGCGUUGUAACUCUCACCAAAUUCAGAAAUCCAUCAUUUUGCACUGCAGGGGUCUGAUCACAUUUACAAAUUACUAUAUUUAGAUACUGUCCCCAUAUUUGAAAACUGUUUGUCUUGGAUUUCCUCUGUUUUUCCUGAGGUUUUUCACCUAUACAGUUCAUCUGACUGACAUGACUGCAGUUUGGGAGGAGCAUUUUAACUGUUUUUUUUCCCCUCAUAUUGAUAAUUCACAUGCAACAUUGUUGAUUGUUCAGUAUCUUUUAUACCCAGACGAAAGCAAAUUUUACAAGAUGUCAGUCACCACAUUGGACCUACUAUAAAUCUGUUACAGUGUAAUUAUUUGCAGAGAGCCUUUCCACUCUCCUCUGCUUGUAGUUUCUUAUUUUCUCCACAUUUUGCUGUGCUCAGGAGGUUUCUGGGCUUCAGCCCUCCAGCAGUGGGUGUUUAACUCCCAGCCAAUAAAGGUUUUCUGGCUUUGAGGGUGGGGAAACGUGGUGACAACAUUACACGCCUCCGUCUCACUCCUCUGCUCUCUGUCUGUGUUGUGAAUGUCUGUACAUCUGUUCCUCCAGAGGCACAUAGUUAAAGCAGAGUGGCCAACUGGCAAUGCUGCACCUUGCUGUAAAGGUGUGGCUGUGUUUGUUGUCUAUAGGGUGACCGCAGUGAAAUAAUCAGAAAAUGUUGUUUCAUCUCCCUCGUGUCAUU